GUUUUAAAUUUCAAAUAAAAAAUAAAUCUCAAAUCAAUUAAAAUCAUUUAAAAAAAACUUGAAUUGAAUUCCGACUCAACAAAAUGGAAAACGAAUUAAAUAGGUUACAAAAUGCGGCAAAUCGCAUUUUAAAUAUAGUGCAAGUUGUUGACGCAUUUGAAAAUGCGACGAGCUCUAAGCGAAGGUGGUCGGUUCAUCCAAUUAAUCAAAACCGUGUUAACCAAGGUGACUUUGUUAACUUGUUACAAGAAAUUCUUGAGUACGACGAAGAAAAGUUCUUCAAUUAUACAAGAAUGGAAGUUCCCCAAUUCAACUAUCUGCUUAACUUAGUUGAACCUCAUUUGACCAAAUUCAGCAAUAGGUUAGGGCUUCCGGUUGCAUUGCGCUUAUUUGUAACCUUGAGGUUUCUUUCAACAGGGGAUAGUAACAGUUCUUUGGCCUAUGCGUAUCGCAUAGGUAAAUCAACUGUACAAGCUAUAAUUCCGGAAGUGUGUGAAGUUCUGUGGACCGUACUAAAGCCAAUAUAUUUGCCAAAAAAAACACAAAGUGGUUGGCUGCAAGAUGCACAUGAUUUCCAUCAAACCUGGAAUUUUCCACAUUGUUUGGGUGCAGUGGAUGGAAAGCAUAUUUCCAUUCAAGCACCAAGAAAAAGUGGAUCGCUGUACUUUGACUAUAAGAAACAUUACAGCAUGGUAUUACUGGCAGUUCCAGAUGCCAAUUACAAAUUCACCUACGUGGAUUUUGGGGCGUUUGGUUCACAGAGCGAUUCUGGUAUAUUUACAAAUAGUACUUUUGGAAUGCUUUUGGAAAGGGAUCAAAUGAAUUUUCCAAGUUCUUCUCCUUUACCUGGAGAAACUUUGAAUUUGCCAUAUUUUAUGGUGGGAGACGAAGCUUUUCCACUAAAAAAUUAUUUGAUUACACCAGUGGAAGGUAUUUGGAAGACAGUAAAUCUUAUUUUAAUAAGAGACUUUCUAGAGCACGCCGCGUAG